CUCAAUUGAGAAAGUCUGUCACUGAAGUGAGGGAUAUAAUUAAGAACUUGAAAAACGAUGGUAGAUGUCCCAGAGGAUUGGAAAAAAUCGAUUAUCGUACCAAUAUACGAAAGAAAGGGAGAUAAAAGCGACUGCAAUAAUUAGAGAGGGAUCAGCUUAUUAAGUACCUCCACAUACUGCUCAAUCAUUCAACAACAAGCGGCUGACGAGAACAGAAUAAUAGAGAUUGUAAACUUAGAUCCUGCAGCUGACUAUUUCGUGUAUGAACCUUUAGCUGAUAUAAGAGAACUCAUUCACGUGGACGAUACAAUGGAAGAUCCAGAGUUGAAAUUUGGUCCUAACGGAGGUCUCGUUUAUUGCCUGGAGUACUUAAUUUCACAUAUUGAGUGGCUAGAAGAACAACUGGGAGACAGCGAUGAUGACUACAUAAUAUUUGAUUGUCCCGGCCAGAUAGAACUCUAUACUCACAUGACCGAAAUGCAACAGUUGAUUUCUACUCUACAGAAGAUGAACUUUCAUUUAUGUGGCGUGUACGUAUUAGACAGUCAAUUUAUGGUUGAUGGUCCGAAGUUUUUGUCAGGCACUAUGACAGCACUUACUGUAAUGAUUAAUUUAGAAUUACCACACGUAAACCUUCUCACUAAAAUGGAUCUUUUAUCGAAAAAUGCAAAGAAGCAGUUGAAUAAAUAUUUAGAACCGGAUCCACAUAGCUUGUUAGCUGAGAUGGCCGAUAACUCGUGGAGUCAGAAGUAUUUCAAAUUAACAAAUGCUCUAGGAUCGAUAAUAGAAAAUUACAGUCUUGUCAAGUUUUAUCCUCUGAAUAUCAAAGAUCGAGAAAGUAUUGCAGAUGUAAAAUUGACUAUUGAUAAUAUAAUUCAGUAUGGAGAGGAAGAGGAUGUAAGAAUGAGAGACUUUGAUGAAAUUGAGGGUGACGAAUAAAGAAUUUUUGGAAGAUUUGUAAA